AUGCCACACAUCUACAAUGCCAUUAAUUUAGACUUCAAGGCUGUGCUCUUGAGGCUGAAACGGAGCACUGUCAAGUCUCUUAGUGAGCUGGGGGCCGGGGAACUUUGUUCAAUAAUCUGGAGCUCCAUUUCUUCCUGAGGCGAUAAUUAUCUUCUCUCUUCAUUGCAGAUGGUGAUGAAUGGGAAGGGAAGAACAAGGGGGACCGCAACAGAAUCCACAUAUUGGAGAAAUCAAAUAAAUAUUCAGAGUAUGGAGAGAACAUCGGCCAGAGCUCCCAGUCCACCUCCAAUCAACGAAAGAGAUUCAUUCGGAGGGAUAGCCUCACUUCACAUGAAAGAAUUCACAGAGGAGAGAAAUUGUAUCACUGCAGAGAAUGUGGAAAGAGCUUCAGUCGAAAGGAUCAUCUCACUUCCCAUGAAAGAAUUCAUACAGGGGAGAAACCCUUUCAGUGCCUGGAAUGUGAAAAGAGCUUCAGUCACAGGCAGAGUCUCACUUCCCAUCAAAGAAUUCAUACAGGGAAGAAACCCUAUCAGUGCUUCGAAUGUGGAAAGAGCUUCAGUUGCAGCUCAAAUCUCAUUUGCCAUCAAAGAAUUCAUACAGGGGAGAAAUCUUUUCAGUGCUUGGAAUGUGGAAAGAGCUUCAGAGGGAGGCAGGGUCUCACUUCCCAUCAAAGAAUUCAUACAGGGAAGAAACCAUAUCAGUGCUUUGAAUGUGGGAAGAGCUUCAGUCACAGGCAGAGUCUCACUUCCCAUCAAAGAAUUCAUACAGGGGAGAAACCCUAUCAGUGCUUGGAAUGUGGGAAGAGCUUCAGUCGAAAGUACAGUCUCACUUUGCAUCAAAGAAUACAUACAGGGGAGAUACCCUAUCAGUGCUUGGAAUGUGGGAAGAGCUUCAGUCGAAAGGACAGCCUCACUUUGCAUCAAAAAGUUCAUACAGGGGAGAAAUCUUAUCAGUGCUUGGAAUGUGGAAAGAGCUUCAGUCACAGGCAGAGUCUCAUUUCUCAUCAAAUAAUUCAUACAGGGGAGAAACGCUUUCAGUGCUUCGAAUGUGGGAAGAGCUUCAUUCACAGAAAACAUCUCACUUCCCAUCAAAGAAUUCAUACAGGGGAGAAACCAUAUCAGUGCUUCGAUUGUGGGAAGAGCUUCAGUCAGAGCCACAGUCUCGCUUCCCAUCAAAUAAUUCAUACAAGAGAGAAAACCUCUUAG